AUGUCUUCCGAAAACACAGUGCAAGAACAAAUAAAGUAUCUCAAGAGCCUUAAAGCCAUUCGUGAACGGGCAAAAAAAGUUUACGAAAAAGCAGAAGCAAACGCACUCAAUCAUUUCAAAGUAGACUUUUCAAAACUUGAAGUAGUAGUCUCCAAAGUAAUCUUUCUAAUUAAGCGUGACUAUAAACAAAUUAGUGACAUUCCACCGCACGGCCGUUGGCGUCACUUUGAAGUUGGAGGAAAAGAUCGAGUUCAAACUCUGAUAGAAGAAUGGAAGAUUGGCUGCGAUACGUUGGAAAUAACGCGUCGACUUUUAGAUUUGUUUGUAGUUUCUGUUCUAUUGGAUGCUGGUGCCGGUAACGCAUGGACGUAUAAAGAACCGGAAACCGGUAAUACCUAUAGCCGAUCAGAAGGAUUGGCUUUAGCAUCGUUAUACAUGUUCAAGUCGGGAGCCUUUUCUUCUUCAAGCUCUCAACCGUAUCAGGUUGAUGCACAUAAACUCCUAAAUAUUAGCGUGGAAGAUGUACGUUUGGCAUUCCAGGUCGACGAGAAUAAUCCUUUGGAGGGAUUGGAGGGUCGUGCUAAUUUGCUCAGUCGUUUGGGUCAUGCUCUAGAAAGUCACCCAGAAUUUUUCAAAAGUAAUGAUAAUUCGCCUUUGAGGCCUGGUAACCUUUUAGAUUAUUUAUUAUUAAAUUCCACCAUCAACGAAACCGAUACUACUGUAAAAAUCGAUACAUUGUGGACAAUUGUAAUUUACGGCUUUUCUGAAGUUUGGCCGCCGACCAGAACCUCUCUAAACGGUGUUUCGCUUGGAGAUGUCUGGCCGUGUGAGGUGCUGAGGUUGCCGAGUUCUAGUCCCGACUCUACUGAUCACUUGGUAGCAUUUCAUAAACUUUCUCAGUGGCUCACCUAUUCGCUGGUAGAGCCAAUGAAAAGAAUUUCAGGAAUCACCUUUGAAGGAAUUGAACAGAUGACCGGUUUACCAGAGUACCGAAAUGGUGGUCUCUUCGUUGAUACUGGUGUGCUGACUUUGAAAGAACCUGACUUCGAACGCGGUAUUAGUUAUUAUAAGCAAAAUAAAUUAUCGUCCACCGUUCAGUCUGAUGUCGAAAUCGUACCAAUGUUUGAAGUUAAUGAUCCGUUAAUUAUUGAAUGGCGUGCUGUUACGGUUGUUUUGUUGGACGUGGUUGCGGACAAAAUCAGAGAUGCGCUCGGGUUAUCGAAAGUUCAAUUUUCCCUGGCUCAGAUGCUUGAGGCUGGAACUUGGAAGGCAUGUCAUGAUAUUUUAGCUAAGCAAGAUGCUGGUCGCGAAAUUGCUGCAACUUUACGUCCUAUUACUCGAGGUCCCCCAAUUGCAGUUAAAUCAGACGGAACAGUUUUUUAA